GAUGCUAUUUAAUACUCUUUGAAAUACAUCUAACUAAGCUCCAAACUUUCCCUCCCAAAUUAGUAACAAAAAACAAAAAUUCUCGAAAAAAUGAAAAUUCAAGAUUUUAAUCUCCGCUUUCUGGUCUUGCACUUUUAGCGAAACCAAAAAAAAUAAAAUAAAAAAUUAUAUAAUAUUUCAUACAGUAAUCUUUUAUUUAUAUCCGAAGAAACAGAUAGAAACUUCAAAACUAAACCAUAAACCUCUCAUCUUCACACACACAGGCGGCGAUUUCUCCGACGACAUUCCGGCAAGUCUUGCAGACGUUUCCAUUCGAUCGGGAAAAGAUGAGAACAGUAUGAUUCACAGCCGGCGAUCAUGUCAGUCUCUUGCUCCGACUGCUUCUCCGAUCUGCUCUGCUGCGAGGACUCCGAAAUCUUGUCCGGAGACUCGCCGGAAUGCUCGUCGGACGUUGAAUCUCCGGCUUACGUAGAAGAAUCAAUCGCCGGAUUGAUAGAAGAGGAGAGAAACUACGUGCCUGGAAUCGACUAUAUCGAGAGGUUUCAGUCUCAGUCGUUAGAUGCAGCUGCUCGUGAAGAAUCGGUUUCAUGGAUUCUCAAGGUGCAAGCUUACUAUGGUUUCCAGCCAUUAACGGCGUAUCUCUCCGUCAACUACUUCGACCGGUUCCUCUACUUUCGCAGUUUGCCGCAAACAAAUGGAUGGCCAAUGCAACUAUUAUCAGUUGCUUGCUUGUCAUUAGCUGCGAAAAUGGAGGAAUCACUGGUUCCAUCUCUUUUGGACCUUCAGGUUGAAAGUGCCAAAUACAUUUUCGAGCCAAGAACAAUCCGUCGGAUGGAAUUUCUUGUACUUGGUGUUCUGGAUUGGAGGCUACGAUCCGUUACACCAUUCCACUUCAUCAAUUUCUUUGCAUACAAGCUCGAUUCAGAAGGAACUCAUACCGGCUUUCUCAUCUCAAGGGCCACAGAAAUUAUUCUAUCUAACAUCCGAGAGGCUAGUUUUAUUGAGUACCGGCCGUCAUGCAUAGCUGCUGCAACCAUACUAUGUGCAGCUCAUGAUAUUCCAAAAUUCUCUCUUGUUAAUCCUGCGCAUGCUGAAUCAUGGUGUGAUGGACUUUGCAAAGAGAAGAUCAUGAAUUGCUACCAACUAAUGCAAGUUGACAAUAGGCAAAAGAAGCCCCCAAAAGUGUUACCACAGCUCCGGGUGAUGAGUCGGGUGAGAACCAGGUCAGGUGACUCCUCAUCCUCAUCCUCCUCGUCGUCUUUCAAGAGGAAAAAAUUAAAUAACAGCUUGUGGGUAGAUGGUGACAAAAGGAACUUUUGAUCUCAAUGAGAAAAACAAUAAGAGAGAACAAUAGCAAAGAAAAGAAAAAAAGUAAGGAAAGAAAAAAGAGUUGGUGGUCCAAGUUGUCUAGAAUCCUCAUUAUUUUUCAGAGGGUUUUGAGGAGAAAAAAAAAAAAUGACAUGAGUGGCAUGAGUGAUGUAGAUUAUUAGUAUAUAUAUAUAUACAUGUAUGCAUGAGAGUUUGGAGAUUUAUUAAUUUUUUUUUGGUGGGCAUUGCCAUAAUGCCAUACAUUAAUAAUGGCUUUGCAGAUUCCCAAAGGAGGGGGAUUUGGUACAUACUAUAAUUUUUGUGUGUGAGAGAGAUAGAGAGGAGAGGAGAGAGAGAGAUUGUAUAAUAAUGGGAGUCAUGGAGUGUGAGAGAAGUGAAGGUGAUUGAAUUCAAAGGUAGCAUUGAAUAUUGAAUGAAAGGAUGGAGAUGGUGGGACCAUUUGCCCUAGAGUUAAGGGAAAAGAGUGUCAGAAAAAUCAAUGGGUUGGCAAAAAUAAUAAGGGAUUGAAAACUUUGAAGUUUGAGCUGUUGUUACCAUAAGUCAAGCUUCUCAUCUUAUAUUAGGCCACCAUCAUUUCAUCAAACUCUGACAGAGAAAGAAGAGAAUAAGAUGGCUCCUGAUACAUAUUGAUUCUUGAGUGGAUAUGUGUUGCACACGCUUGUGUGUGUUUGUUCUGCACGUGUGUAUGUGUGUGCCUUUUUAUUUUUUUUUUGGCGGGAAAUGCUUCUUCUGGUUCCAACUAUACAUACUUUGACACUUUGAUGGUCUUCACCAAUGUAUUGGCUACACGUGUGUAUUCUUUUUAAUUUUUUUUCCCUUCUAUUAAUUUCUUGGCCUAAAUUUGGCCUAACCAUACAAAGGUCUUUGGGGCCUUUUCUAAUGCGUGUUGUAUUUGGAUUUAUCAAUGAAAUCUAUAUUUUCUCA